UUUGAGGUGCUGGAACCUGCUACGUCCUGUGUUCAUUCGGAGGCGCAGUUGCGACUCCUUCUACAUCAUCUCUACACAAUAUGCGUAUAGGAGAUGUUGAAUCUCACUCUAUUGGCGGAGUGUGAGCCGUGACUUCGUAUGGGGUACCUUCAACGCCGAUGGUCUCUUGGCCGGGCUUGAUAUUUUCCUUACCUUCAUUUGCUGUAUUUCAAAUGCACCUCACCUGUUCAUAUCCUUAUCCUAUUAUGCACCGCAUGUACCCGGCUCAGGUCCAGGUCCCGCGAAGACAGGUCAAUGAUCACUACCUACUCUCUACUGGCCAUACUGCGAGGCCUGUGGGUGCGCCCCUGCCGCCUAUGCGUUCAAAGGCUUCCGAACCCGGUGUUGAAGUUACGUGCACCCACGCGGAAAGGAUUCAAGAAUCAAGUACAAAUGCCUAUGAAAUCGAGCAGCAUGUUCUGUGUCUGGACACUCUCCAUUUCGAUUUGAACUACAAUGCAAAAGCCUGCUCGGCUUCUCUUCUGGGUCUUGUCAACCCCUAUUUAGUACCAAGUAUUGUUUUCUCCUGUCCUCUGACUUUUCGACCUCUCCCUCUCGCUCAAUUCACGGCGUCAAGAGUCGUGUUCUCCAUGGCAAACCGAGAAAUGCCAUACUCACCCUGUUUACACAGUACGAAUGAGAAUCCUACCGACUAAUCCUGGGGCAAAGUUGCACCAUCCAGCUUACG